AUGGGAUGGUCAUUAAAUGGCAUAGCACUUUUUUAGAUUUUGUUAAAGAAAUAUGAAUUAACUGAAAAUAAAGUAAAGAUAGAUCCAUCAGUUUGGAAUUAGUUUAAUACUGCUCAUGGUCUAAAUAUUCAAGAUUUUAGUAAAGAAAACGAAAAUUCAUCAUAUAAUUUCAAUUAUUCUUAUAACGAUGAUGAUUUGUACUCACCAAUUAAAGAUUCUUAGAAAGAUGACUAGAAAUUAUCAGGUCUAGGAAAUAAUUCUAACCAAUACUUAAAAAAGCAAAAUACAUUUGAUUCCAACUCAUUUUCCUUAAAAUAUGGAUAGACAAAGAUUGAUAAGUAAUCUAUACAUUCUAGUGCCAGUAAGAAUUAUGGCAAUGGAUUUAGCGAAUUACCUUCAAGAUAUGAUAAAAACUUAGAUAAGGGAUUAAUAGCAAAUCUUAAUUCUCAAACACUUAAGGAUACCACUAAUCUAUUUAAUAGUUCUACUUCGCAAUUCAAUGAAUCAGUUACUAGCUAAUUGGAAUUACAGAGAGAAAGAGUUUAAGAUAUGUACUAUGAUAUAGAUGCUGUUGCUUAUGAUGCUGAUUAUCUCAAGAAAUUUCAAUGA